UAUAGAUUCCUGCAACUAAACCCUAGUUGUAUCGCAAAUUCGGAUCCCAAUGAUGUCGCUUACAGUGAGAGUCGACGAGUUGGAAUCGAGAAUGAAAUUAGUGCAAACGGAAAUCGGUAAUGUUCAAUCAGAAAUUGGAUCGAUGAAAGAAGAUAUGCAGAAGAUGAUGAAGCUAUUCGAACUAUUCGUCAGAAACGUGGGUAAUGAUCGUGAGAUAAAUCGUUUUACUGCAAUUAAAGAAAGAAAACUAGAUUUACCUAGUUUCGACGGAAAAGAUCCGGAAGAUUGGAUCUUUAGAGCAGAACAUCACUUUGAUCUCAAUCGUCUAACAAAUGAAGAACGUAUCGAAGCAGCGGUGGUAGCAUUUGAAGGAGACGCAAUUAGAUGGUUUCAAUGGGAGAGUAAGAGAAGUCCGAUGAUUCAAUGGGAAGACAUGAAACUCAAAUUGUUGAAGCAUUUCGGAAUCACCGGUUCUGGUUCACUCUUUGAGCAAUUUCUGGAAGUGAAACAGGAGGGAAAUGUUGCUGAUUAUCGAAGGAAAUUUGUGAAUUUAGCUGCACCUUUAGAUGAUAUAUCUGAAGAGAUGUUCUUGGGUCAGUUUAUGAGUGGUUUACAACCGAUGAUCAAAGCUGAACUGAGGCUUUUUUCACCGGAAAACGUGUCUGAUGCAAUGGAUAUUGCAAGUAGAAUUGAAGAGAAGAAUAAAUCCCUCGUAAGUGCUGGAAAUUGGUUCCAUGAUGAGGAAGAAGUUGAUCAAGGGGUUCUUGCUUAUCUCCGUUUUCCUCCAAAUUUCAAUAACGAUGAGGGCAUACAUAUAAAUGAACUUGAACAGAGGUUGAAAGUUUCUCAUGACAAAAUCAUGGAAUCACUAAGAAGACUUGAAGUUUCUGAUAAUGUAUAUUACCACACUAGAAAUGAACCAUUGGCAGAGGGUUUUAAGAGAAUUGGGAAUGGUGUUGACUGCUUUGAGUUUAUUGAUAAGGGCUAUAGUGAUGAAAAUGGUCUAAGAAUGAAUGUGCAUAUAGACCACGGAAAUGAACUUGUACUUGAUUGGGCUGAUAUUGAAGUAGUAGAAGAUGAUGAAGGGCAUGAUUCUGAGCAAGACCCAGAUGAUGACAACGAUUCACAACUUUUUGAUGAUAUUCCAUAUGAGCAUGAAGCAGAUGAUGAGAUUCCUUCUCUGGACAAGACUAGUUGUGAUGAAUUUUUUCACCGGGUGUCAGGUAUUUAG